AAAAUAACAUCAUCUAUAACAACUAUAGACUGUCCAAACCAGAUCUGUCACAUUUCCAUGGAAAGUACUGAGCAGGUUGCAUAUACAAAGAAUCUUUCUUUGGAAUCUGGUUCAGCAGGAAUAUCCACAAAACUCCUCCCAGUGAGGAUCUGUGUCUUAAUCAAACAGGCCAUCACUUCCUGCUUGUUUUUCAGACACUUAUGGGAUAAGACCAAACCAAGAGCUGCGUUUGAGUUUGACGGCACCAGCAGCUUCAACAUGGGGAGGAUUGCUAAAGAGGUUUCCGGACAGGUCCUGUGCUUCAUUGGAUUCAUUGGCAUAUGUGUCUGCUGUGGCAUUCCCAUGUGGCGCGUCACUUCGUACAUCGGUGCCAACAUCGUCACGGGCCAGAUCGUCUGGGACGGCUUGUGGAUGAACUGUGUGGUCCAGAGCACAGGACAGAUGCAGUGUAAAGUCCAAGACUCAAUCAUGCGGCUGACCCAGGACUUGCAAGCGGCACGUGCGCUGACCGUCAUCGCAAUAGUGAUCGGCUUUGUUGGGAUGCUCUUGACGUUUGUGGGAGGCCGGUGCACCAGCUGUCUGAAGAAAGAGUCCUCCAUGGCCAAAGUGGUGAUUCUUGGUGGCAUCCUGUGCAUUAUAGCUGGAGUCGUCUGUCUCAUUCCUGUCUGCUGGUCCUCAGCCUACACCAUCUCAGAUUUCCAGAGCGUUCUCACAAUCGAGACCCAAAAGAGGGAGCUUGGGGCAUCCAUAUACAUUGGCUGGGGCGCCUCAGGGUUUCUUCUAUUUGGAGGGAUCAUUCUGUGUACUUCCUGCCCACCAAAUGAAGAUAUGUAUCCAAAUUAUCCAGGCAUGUACCCCUAUCAAGGACCUAUGUAUGGGCCUCCUGGAUCUUAUAUGCCUGCCAAAACAUACGCCCCGAGUGCUGUAUAUACUGGAGCUUAUGUUCCUAACAAAGCUUAUCCGGCCCCAACUUACUCACCUGUUCCAGGACAAUAUCUUUAGCUAAUGGACAAUAAUUGGAACUUACACUUUCUGAAACUUUUUUUAAUGUAAUCUUUACUUAAUUAAGUGUUUGCUUAAAUAAAAUGUGUAAAUGUA